AUGGCGGGACCCAAAAGCGCCCGGAACUCCGCGGCCGAGAUCGCACGCUACAGCCGGCAGCUGGUGCUGCCGCAGCUGGGGGUGCGCGGGCAGCUGCGCCUGGCUUCCUGCUCCGUGCUGGUGGUGGGCUGCGGCGGGCUGGGCUGCCCCCUGGCCCAGUACUUGGCGGCAGCGGGCGUGGGGCGCCUGGGGCUGUUGGACCACGACGUGGUGGAGACGAGCAACCUGCAGCGCCAGGUGCUGCAUGACGAGGCGGCAUGGGGCACCCCCAAGGCCUUCUCGGCUGCAGCCGCGGUGCGGCGCCUCAACUCGGCGGUGCAGUGCGUGCCCUACCCAGUGGCGCUGGGCCCCGCCACUGCCCUGCAGCUGGUGCGGCAGUAUGACGUGGUGGCUGACUGCUCCGACAACGUCCCCACACGCUACCUGGUCAGCGACGCCUGUGUGCUGGUUGGGAAGCCGCUGGUGUCAGCCAGUGCCCUGCGCCUGGAGGGGCAGCUGGUUGUGUACAACCACAAUGGGGGGCCCUGCUACCGCUGUCUCUUCCCCACGCCGCCCCCGCCAGAGACAGUGACCAACUGCGCCGAUGGCGGGGUGCUGGGCGUGGUGCCGGGUAUCCUGGGCUGUCUCCAGGCCCUGGAGGUGCUGAAGAUCGCGGCAGGAAUAGGCUCCUCCUUCAGCCAGUGCAUGCUGGUCUUCGAUGCCCUGGAAGGCCGAUUCCGCAACAUCAAGUUGAGACCAAAGAAAAGGGACUGUGCUGUGUGUGGGGACUAUCCCAUCAUUACUGCCCUGCAGGAUUAUGAAGCCUUUUGUGGCUCAUCCGCCACAGACAACUGUCGAACUCUAAGCCUGUUGCCCAGUGAUGACAGGAUCUCUGUGGAGGAGUACAAAAAGCUGCUGAAUGAGCAAGCCCCUCAUGUCCUAAUUGACGUUCGUCCCCAAGUAGAAGUGGAGAUCUGUUGCCUGGCACAUGCCCUCCACGUCCCUUUGAGUAAACUGGAAGAAAAGAAUGAAGAGUGUCUGGAAACUUUAGGGAAAAGAAUCUGUGAAGGAAAACAGAGAGCUAAUGGCACAGCAGCUUUCCCUGUCUAUGUCAUCUGCAAAUUAGGAAAUGACUCCCAGAAAGCUGUGCAAAUUUUGCAGGCAUUGUCUGUCAAGGAAUUUGGUUCUUUAGUGGUUAAAGAUAUCCGAGGAGGGCUUAUGGCUUGGGCUACCAAAAUUGAUCCAACUUUUCCUCAAUAUUAAUGAUCCAAAUAGAGAUCGUUAUCUCCAAGAAUGGAGAAAGGUCGUAACAGUUUACUGCUGUGUUGUUUAGAGUUGCAUCUUUUCAGUGCAGUUCUUACAUAGCAUGGACAAAACAGGGAGAAAAUAGCAAAUUAACACCCCCACCCCAAUUUAAGUGAAGGAUUUUAUUUUGUGUCUUUUAAUCAGAGCUUCUAGAGAAGUUUGGGAAUUCCUUUCUUUUUGAUAAAACAAAUAUUUUACAUAAAGGACAAUAUGCUACUCUG